AUGCCUACUAUUACCAAACCCAACAGCAAAUAUUCACUGCUGGAAAGCUUUACUGUGACUUUGUUGUUUGUGGUUUUCAUGAGCAAAUUGAUCUCUUCUGUGAAAGAAUUUUGCCUGAUGUCAGCCACUGGCACUCUUUUGUUUCCAAACUUAAUCACCUCUGGAGAUACUGUGUGCUACCAGAAAUUCUGGGAAGGUGGUAUACUCAAAAGCGAAGUUUGUCUCAUUCAUCACCUGAUCCCAAUUCUGCUUGUUUUUGCAGACUGGCAACUGGA